CCUCCGAUUCCUCCAGCGCCCACCCAGAACGAACGAACGAAUCAGAGACCGCCAUUUCGCCGCCGUGCCGCUCGCCAUGGAUCCGACGCCGCAGUCGCACCCGAUCCUCGCCUACGUGCUCUCCCGCCUCCCCUCGCUCUCCGCGCCGAGGACGCCGCGGUCCCCGGCGCUCUCCUCCUCGCGGGACCGAGACCUCGAGCAGCCAUCCCCGCGCGCGCCGUCGGGCGCCGCGGAGACCGACCUGGUGGACCGCAUGCCGGGCCUCCGCCACCCAUCCGUGCUCUCCGCCAUGACCCGCGCCGUGGCCGACGUCGCCUCGGCGCGCGACGCGAUCCGGCUCCUAGGCCCCCGGCCCGACCACGAGCUCGUCGACGCCUCCCGCGCGCUCCUCGCCACCGCGUCCGGUGACAACCCGGCACCUACUGGGGGGAAGGAGGCAGAGGGCGAUGUGGUCGAAGAGGAGAAAGUAGCGGCGAGCAGGGAGGUGGUGCGGCUGGAGGAGGAGCACGAGGCGUACGGCGCCCUGCUUCGGGACGCGGAGGAGAGACUGGAGCGCGUGUAUCGGAUGGCGAUGCACGGGAGGGACAUCCAGGAGGCGGGCAGCGGUGACGGUAAGCGGGAGGAGGAUGGAUCAGAGGCGGUGGACGAGGUGGUGGUGCGGGUGCUCAGGGAGGCGGAGGAGGGGAAGGUGGUGGAGCGGGUGGACCUCGCUGACCGGCAGCUGCGCCUCCUGCCGGAGCCCAUGGGCCGGAUCCGCGGCCUCCUCGCACUCGAUGUGUCCCGCAACCAGCUCCAGGUGGUCCCCGAUGCUAUUGGCGGGCUCGAACACCUGGAAGAACUCCGCCUCGCUUCCAACGCGUUGGUUUCUCUCCCUGACUCCAUCGGCCUCCUCUCCAACCUCAAAAUCCUCGACGUCUCCGGCAACCGGCUGAGGGCUCUGCCCGACAGCAUCUCGAAAUGCAGGUCGCUGGAGGAACUGGACGCGAGCUACAACGCCCUGGCGUAUCUCCCGACGGGCAUCGGGCACGAGCUGGUGAAGCUGCGGGUGCUGCGCGUGCACCUCAACAAGCUGCGGUCGCUGCCGUCGUCCGUCUGCGAGAUGCAGUCGCUGCGUCUGCUUGACGCGCACUUCAACGAGCUCCACGGCCUGCCAGCCGCGAUCGGCCGUCUGUCCGCGCUCGAGACGCUGGACCUGAGCAGCAACUUCAGCGACAUGCGGGACCUGCCGCCCUCGUUCGGCGACUUGGCCGGCCUCCUCGAGCUUGACCUCAGCAAUAACCAGAUCCGCGCACUGCCGGACUGCUUCGGCCGGCUCGGCAGGCUGGAGCGGCUCCGCCUCGACCAGAACCCGCUCGCCGUGCCGCCCGUGGAGGUGGUCUCCAAGGGCGUCGGCGCCGUGAAGGAGUUCAUGGCGAGGCGGUGGGCCGAGGCGGUCGCCGAGGAGGAGCGGCGUGUGAGCGCGGCCACCGCGGCGGAGAGCCCGAAGGCGUCGACGCCCAGGGAGUGGCUGACGCGGAGCGUGUCGUCGCUGAGCACUUGGGUGUCGGACGUCACGGGGAAGGUCGUUGGGCAGGACAAGGUGGCGGAGGAGGACGCCUUCCUGGAGCAGCAGCUUUGAAGGCGGAGGAGCGCGCGUCCAUAGGCUCGUUUGGAAGCCUUCUUCGUUUAUUGGUUGUCGUUGUUAGUCUUUUUCUUCUUAAAAAAGUUGUUGUUAAUGU